CGCUUCUCCAAGGGUCUUCUGGCACCAACUCUUCCCAAUCUUCUCCAGACGGUUCUUCAUCUAAUACCACACUACCAUCGGCCUCUGAAGCUAACGUCUCCAUCUCCACGACUUCCACUAUUACAAAACCGACCACUUUACAAAACGACUUGACAACUAAAGUGACUACCAACCUGCUGACAAAUUCAACAGAGAAGUCCACCACAGCUGAUGCAGUGCCAAAACCAGCGAUCAUAGCAGCCAUUCCAACAACACCAGCCAUGACAUCUACCACCACAACUACACCCAAACCAACCACAACCAGCCCUAAACCCUCUUCAGCAACUACCAGCACAACAACCACCACAACAGUUGCACAAACCAUAAUUCCAAAACACCCUUCACCUUCACCAUCAGGGACCAAAUCGUCUGUCAACAUCUCACCAUUAGUGCCUACAAAACCUUCAUCCAAUUCUUCCUCUAAACCAGUACAAACUUCUCCCAUUCCAACAUCCUCAGAUGAGAAGCCAAUGCCAACCACGCCAAAAACCUCAAUGAGCCCCUCAGUAGUGGCAUCCAAACUGCCGAAGGACAUUCCCAAAAGGGACCAAGCCAUUGUUAAGGUGGCCGGAGACUCUUUGACCAGCCACCUGUUGAACACAAGCUCUCUGCUGGCCGUUCUUCUGUUUGGCCUCCUCUUUUUCGUGGUCACGGUGGCGCUGUUUCUCAAACAAGCGUACGAGAGCUACAAGCGAAAGGACUACACUCAGGUCGACUAUCUCAUCAAUGGAAUGUACUCCGAUUCGGGGGUCUGACCGGUAUUUUGUGGUUUACAUUUCAGUGUAUUUCCGUUUGGUAGCAGAUUGACUUUGGUUUGAGGCCCCUUGGUAGCACUCGCUCACAUUUCAAACGCUCGAAAGCCCUGUACGACUUCUAGCUAUGGGAAUCUAGCUGGUGCUCGAGUGAGUUGGUGUGACGUAUAUCUUUUGUUUCUAUGCAGAUUUAGCUUCCACAUAAUUCUUGGCACACGGGGCUGAAGCCUUAGUAUUAACUUAGCCCUCAACCUUCAUUCAACGAACAUUAUAAGGGAUUCAUAGUGCAAUAUUUGGAUAUGUUUUGUCUAAUCUGUCAUGUUCAGUGUUUCAUCUGCAGCUGAUGAGUUGGCUGCAAUAAUUGCCUUUUUAUGUGUGUCGGAACGGUUCAGGAACAUUUAAAGAAUUAUGAAUGCCCUUU